AACCAAAGGAGGUCUUAGUAGAAACUGACAACAACAACUGAGAAUUUGAAAUAGUUUUCCAUCACAAGAUGUUUGGUACGUACAAGGAUAUCAAGCAGCAGGGACAAAAAAAAGCAAAUCAAAAUUUGAACAUAGCAGGGCCAAAUUGGAAGCAAAUUAUUGAUCGGUCCAUGCAUGCACCGGCAGUUUUGGUUUCCAUCACCAUCACCAUAAAUGUGCGUACGAUGUACCCUCUCCAAAGCCUAUACUCAACAAUAACAUUGCAACCAUCAACCACUCCACCGAGACGACAAAGCAUUGACGACGAGCUCGACGGCGGCGAUGGAGCCGAGAUCGACCAUAAAUGGCAGUGGCAACCGCCUCCCGGAGACGACAGCAUCCAGAAUUCCAUACUGAGCAAGAGAUCGAUGUCGGCGGCGGCGGCGGCGCACGUGCUGCUGUUCCCGUGGCCGGUGCAAGGACACAUCAACCCGAUGCUCCACCUCGCGUCCGCCCUCCUCGACGCCGGCCUCCGCGUCACCUUCCUCCACACGGACCACAACCUCCGCCGCCUCGCCCUCGCCGGGGCGCCCGCGCCGCCCCACCACCCGCGCCUCCGCGUCCUCUCCGUCCCCGACGGCCUCCCCGACGACCACCCCCGCUCCGUCGCCGGCCUCAUGGACCUCUUCGAGUCAAUGCGCACGGCCGGAUGCGCGGCUUUCUGCGCCCUGCUGCGGGAGGAGACGGAUGCGUCUUCCCGUCGUCCGCCGGUGACGUGCGUCGUCGCCGACGGCACCAUGCCGUUCGCCAUCGCUGCCGCAGAAGAGGCGGGCGUCCCGGCGCUGGCGUUCCGCACGGAGAGCGCGUGCGGCUUCCUGUGCUACCUGUCCGUGCCCAGGCUCCUGGAGCUCGGCGAGACCCCCGCCGCCUCCGACGAGCCGGUGCGCGGCGUCCCGGGGAUGGAGGGCUUCCUGCGACGGCGAGACCUCCCGCGCGUGGCGCCGUCGUCCGACGCCGACCCCGUCCCCGUACUUCUGGCCGUCGCCGGCACCGCCGCCCGCUGCGCCGAGUCACGGGCGGUGAUCCUCAACACCGCCGCGUCCUUGGAAGCGGAGACGGUCGCGCGCAUCGUGCAGCGGGUGCGCGGCGACGUCUUCGCCGUCGGCCCGCUCCACGCCAGACCUAGGCCCGCCGGAGUAGAAGUAGAACCCGCCGCGCGUGACGACGACGAUGGCGGCUGCGCGGCGUGGCUGGACGGCCACGCCGACCGGUCGGUGGUGUACCUAAACCUAGGGAGCCUCACGAUCAUCUCGGCGGAGCAGCUGGCCGAGCUCCUCCGCGGCCUCGCCGUCGCCGGGUACCCCUUCCUGUGCGUGCUCCGGCCGGACAUGGUGUCUGACUGCGGCGUCGGGCACGAGUCGGUCGUCCGGGAGGCGGCGGCGGCGGCCGGCAAGAAGGCGCUGGUGGUGGAGUGGGCGGCACACCGUGACGUGCACCGCGCGCUGCGGCACCGGGCGUUGGGGUGCUUCGUGACGCAAGCCGGGUGGAACUCGUUGCUGGAGGCCGCCGCCGAGGGCGUGCCGACGGUGUGCUGGCCCUACUUCGCCGACCAGCAGACGGUCAGCCGCUUCGUGGGGGCGGUGUGGAAGACGGGGCUCGACAUGAAGGAUGUGCUCGACGGCGCCGUCGUGGCGAGGAUGGUCAGGGAGGCCAUGGAUGACCCCGAGAUCAGGGCGGCGGCGCAGGACAUGGCGCGGCAGCUCAGGGUGGACGUCGCCCCAGGUGGCUCGUCGGCGUCACACUUGGAGCGGCUCGUCGGCUUCAUCACCGACCUCAGCGCCGGGCAAGAUCCAUCCAGAGAUGACGACAGUCGACCACUUGUGAGAGGUUUAGUCAAGGAAAAAUGAAGACCAAGUGUGUAUGUGUAUCUGAUGGAGACAGUCAUCUCUGUAACUCUGUAUCUGAUGGUAAAACAAGUAGCUCCGCUGCUACUGUACAGAGGUAGGAGUAUUUGAGAUUUCAAGGUGUGUUUGAAACUGAAGUUCUUGGACAGUAGAAAACGAAAUCAAGCAAUCUGAUGAGGCUUUUAUAGCAUAUGAAAUGCAUUGAGAUCCUUGCAGUGAAAUUUAAA